AUGACGACGCAAGACCAUCGCAGGAGAUGCCGGAGGACGCGUUACGAGACCAUCGAGCAUUCGACGCAGAUCCAUCCUACUCGGUUCUCUCCUAGGGAAACGCCUCCGCAAGGCACGACGGACACAGGUUCCACCACGUUCGCCAAUCAGCAGACGUCGCAGUAUCCAGCGAUCCAGCUAGGGAAGCUCGUUCUCGAGCCCUUCUCGGGUGAUAUCACGCAAUUCCAACGAUUUUGACGUGCGUUUGAGGUCGCAAUCCACAACGAAACUACCAUCAGUUCCACCUAUAAGUUCCUCUAUCUACAGGGGUUACUUAAGGGCGAAGCGCAGAUUGUACUCCAGGAUCUCGACCCUGAUGAGUGCAAUUACUACGAGUUGGUAAAGGCACUCAAAAAGCGUUAUGAUCGGCCGCAUAAGACCCGCGCGAUGCUGCACAAGCAGCUACAACAACUACCGCAAGCAGGCCAGUCGGGAGUAGACCUUCGCACUACUUGGUUGCGCAUUUCGGGUAUUCUUCGUGGUCUACGCAAACACGAAGACUUUCGCACUGUCCUUCCGAUACUCGACUUGGUUCGCAGUAAAUUCCCUACUGCCAUUCAACAGAAGCUCCACGAUGUCGAAUUCCAGUCUGGAACGGAUUUCGACCUCCAUCAGAUCAUGCACCAUCUUGAUCAUAUCAUCGCUUCGAGGGAAAAGCACAUCGUCCACGAGAAGAACGCAGACGAUACAGUCCACGUCGGCACGAUACUCAUAGGUCGCGCAGACACGACUAUGAUCGCAACAGGCGGAAUUACCGCUCAUCGUCGUGGGACAGAUACCCGUCUAGAAGUCCAUCUUAUGACGGACGCAGAAGCAGAAGCUAUUCCAACAGUGAGCGCUCGAGGUCCGCGUCUUGGGAUGAUCGUCGUCGAGACUAUAGAUCACGGGCUUACUCUCCGACAAGGCGUUAUAGUCACUCACCCAACCGGGUUCACUUCCGUUCGUCACGCAGAGACCGCAGUUACUAUAGCCCCGUAA